AGACUAUAUGAAAAAAAACUCACAUGUGCUCGUUUAAUAUAAACAGCGAACACAAGGUGACUGGUUGAAUUUUCAAAGUAAGACUCGAACUGUGCUGCGUCAGUGAAGUUGUUUAUCAGAUACAUUGCUGGAUUUGUUUUUCUCUUGAACUCUGACUAAAAACUCGGUGAAGACGAAAACAACAAAAAGCGAGAUCUGUGGAUUAUUGCUGGAUUAAAUGGAGGUAGCGUCGACUGUCCGGAGCAGCAGUCAUCACACUGUUGAGAAAAACAAGAGCAGACACAAAAUUCCCAGGGAUGUUGAGAAGGACAUUGAAUAUCUGUAUGAAGUUGUGCCACAGCUGUCUCAAAUUUUUCGUAUCGUAGACAAAAUCGGAGAAGGAACUUUCAGCUCAGUAUAUCUGGCUGAGGCGCAGAUGACUGAUGGAUCAAGAAAGAUGUUUGCAUUGAAACAUCUGAUCCCCACCAGUCACCCGAUGCGCAUAGCUGCUGAACUUCAGUGCCUGACUGUUGCUGGAGGGACAGAAAAUGUGAUGGGAGUCACAUACUGCUUCAGGAAAGAGCAUCACGUGGUCAUUGUUAUGCCGUACAUGGAGCAUCAAACCUUUGUGGACAUUGUUGGCUCCUUGAGUUUUGAGGAAGUGAGGCAUUACAUCUGCCACUUGCUCAAAGCGCUGAGGCAUAUUCACAAGUUUGGUAUCAUCCACCGAGACAUCAAGCCAAACAACUUUCUUUUCAAUCGACAGAGGAGAGAGUACGCUCUUGUUGAUUUUGGUCUGGCACAGGGCACCCCAGAUACCCAUAUCGAACAGCUAAAGGUUGUGAAAUCAAAUGCGAAUAAAGGUGGUUGGUCUUCAGGAAGGGUGGAGGUUGCACAUGGGAAACAAAAACUAUUGCCUUUACCACCCAACACCAGAAACCCUGCUGUCCAGUCCACCACUAAAGCACCAGCUAAAAGAUCCUGCCUACCCUCACGCAUGAAACUUACCAAGGAACUGUUGGUUCUUGAUAAGGCACCACGGUCUGUAUUUGGGGAGCGAAACUUGAACAGCACAAACUCUCAUAAAACUGGCACUGACAAAGUGGAGGGACCGCUUUCAAAGCCAAAAAAAGAGGAGGUUAUUCUGCGAAAGAUUGUUUCUUCAAAACGGUAUUCAGUCCCUGUGAAAACUCCACUGAACGGUCAGAAACAGAAAGCUCCUGUUUUGAGUCAGACAUUGCGUAGUCAGAAACCCAAACCCGCCACUGUCAACCAGACACUUACCUGCAGCUGCUACAUGACUGACCGCAUCUGCAACGUCUGCCUGUCUAGGAAGCAGCAGGUGGCUCCUAGAGCAGGUACUCCAGGCUUUAGGGCUCCUGAAGUCCUGACUAAGUGCCCUAAUCAGGGAACAGCGAUUGACAUGUGGUCAGCAGGCGUUAUAUUACUGUCACUACUGAGCGGGAGGUAUCCAUUCUUCAAAGCUAGUGAUGAUAUGAUAGCUCUUACCCAGAUCAUGACCAUCCGAGGAUCUAGAGAAACAAUAGAGGCUGCAAAGAAGUUUGGAAAAUCUAUAGUGUGCAGUCGUGAGCUCCCUCGGCUGGACCUCAGGAUUCUCUGUGAGACCCUGAGAGGUUUGCGAUCAUGUGACGAUGGUUCACUUCCUGUCGAGUUUCAGUCCUCACGUCACCCCACAGAGGUAAAACAGGAUGCAGACAGCUCAGCUAAGAAACAAAUGAGCCAGUCCGGCUCCGGCUCACUGAAACGCCCUGCAGAGCUGCAGGAGAUGGGCUGGGACAAAGUUUCUGAUGAAAUAUAUGACCUCCUGGAUAAACUUUUAGAUCUAAACCCAGUGACAAGAAUAACGGCCUCAAUGGCACUGCAGCAUCCAGUCUUCAAAGACAUUAAAGAUUAA